AGAAGAUCGUCUCCCCCUUUUUCUCUGUGGAUUUUGUUCUUGGGUUUCCUUUUGUCUGAUUCUGUUCGUUGAUUUCGUCUUAGUGUUUUCGUUUUGACUUGUGGGUUCUCUCGAUUUAGACUUUUUACUUCGUUUUAGGUCGGAUUUGAGGUUGAUUUUGUUGAUUUUGAGUGGUUUCAAGUGCUUUGAGGAGCGCCCUGUUUCAGAGCUUCCAAUCUAUAUGGUGUAAAUUUGAUCUUCCUGAAAAAGCGUAGUUAGGACGAAGAAAACAAUGUCGUUAGUCAGGCCAUCUGAUCCAUCUCCGUUAUCAUACGGAAGUCGCAAGCUGUACUCGUUGAAAGGAACCAAGAAUGCUCCUGACUUGUCUGCUCAAAGAUUUGGCUCUGAAAUGCAUAGGAGUGAGAGCUAUGAGAAGUAUUUCCUUGACUUCCCGAUCGAAGAGCUAUCGAUUUCUGGCGUUUCGGGCAUUUCGAACAAUUCUUUUCACCCGAACGCUACUUCGUAUGGGCGAACGUGUGAUUCAGAUUCAGCUUGCCUUGAGAGUACAAGUCCAGAACAGCUGGAUUUUGAGGAUGAUCAAGUGAGACUGAAGUUGCAAGAAUUGGAGAGGGACCUGUUGGGUGAACCUGAUGCUGCUGAUUAUGGUGUCGAGAUGCUUGUAAAUGGUCAAGCCAUGGAAAUCGAUAGCGAGUGGGCGAAUUCGAUUAAAGAUGCACUGCUACAUGACUCGCCAAACGAAUCCUCGUCGACAGAUUCUAAUUUCAGUACCACUGGCAGCAACAAGGAUGCAUCUCAGAUGUCUUCACAGAAUCCUAGAGAAAUGCUUUUAGAAUGUGCUUUUGCCAUCUCGGAAGACAACUUUGACGAAGCGUCAGCCAUGAUUGAACAGCUCCGAGGUAUGGUCUCGGUUCAGGGCGAUCCCUCGCAGAGGAUCGCUGCGUAUAUGGUGGAAGGUCUUGCUGCUCGGUUGUUAGCAUCAGGAAAAUAUCUUUAUAAAGCUUUGAGAUGCAAAGAACCGCCUUCUUCGGACCGUCUCGCAGCUAUGCAGAUCCUUUUCGAGGUCUGCCCUUGUUUCAAAUUCGGCUUUAUGGCUGCAAAUUGUGCCAUUAUCGAGGCGGCGAAAGAUGAGAAGAGAAUUCACAUAAUCGAUUUCGAUGUAAGCCAAGGAACUCAGUACAUAAAUUUGAUUCAGAUGCUAGCAACUCAGCCAGGGAAGCCACCACACUUGAGGUUAACAGGGGUCGAUGAUCCCGAAUCAGUCCAUCGCCCCGUCGGAGGUCUUAAACACAUUGGACAAAGACUCGAACAACUGGCAAAAGCGUUACGAGUUCCAUUUGAAUUUCAAGCAAUUGCCUCGAACACUUCUGAUGUCACUCCCUCGAUGCUCGCCUCCCGCCACGGAGAAGCAGUCAUAGUCAACUUCGCUUUCCUGCUUCACCACAUGCCAGAUGAAAGUGUCUCAACCGUAAAUCUACGAGACAAGCUUCUCCGAAUGGUUAAGAACUUAAACCCGAAACUAGUAACAGUCGUCGAACAGGACAUGAACACAAACACCACCCCAUUCUUUUCGAGAUUCGUCGAAACCUAUAACUACUUUGCAGCUGUCUACAACACUCUCGAUGCGACACUCCCGAGAGAUAGUCAAGACCGAAUCAAUGUAGAGAGGCAAUGCUUGGCCAAGGACAUAGUCAACAUCGUAGCUUGUGAAGGCGAGGACAGAGUGGAGAGAUACGAAGUCGCCGGGAAAUGGCGGGCAAGAAUGACGAUGGCUGGGUUCAGUUCCUGUACGAUGAGCCAAAACGUGACCGACCCGAUUCGAAAUCUUAUCGGGGAGUAUUGCGAGAGAUUCAAGAUGUAUGAAGAAAUGGGCACAGUUCAUUUUGGAUGGGAAGAGAAAAGCUUGAUUAUUACUUCAACAUGGAGGUAACAAAUUGUAUGAUUUAAUACUUGUUUCACAACUCUUAUUCAAAACCAGAUCUUAGAAUUCAGACCUAAAA